AUGGAGACAGAAUUAACUGUAGAGGUUGCUCUGGUGAUUCAGAUUGUUCUGGCGGCGAGGAAGUCUGCUCUGGCGAGGAAGUUUGCUCUACUGGUGGAGAUGGCUCUAACGGUGCACAUUGUUCGGGCGAUGGAACCCGGUCCCGGAAUGAAAUAUACUCUGGUAGCGGGGAAAGCUCUGGCGAUGACGAGACCUCUGGUAACGGAAAAAAUUGUGGUAAUGAAGGCUGCUUUGGUGAUAAAGAAUGCUCUAGUGGCGCACACUGCUUUGACGAUGAAGCAGGCUUUGCUGGUAAAGAUUGCCCUACAAGCGGUGAAUGCCCUGGUGACAAAGGCUCCUCUAGUAAUGGAGACUGUUCUACUGUUUCACGUUGUUUUGGUGACAGAGACUCUUCUGGUAACAGGGGUUGCUCUGGGUGUGGAGACUGCUCUGGCGGUGCAUACUGUUCUGGCGAUAGUGCAUACUGUUCUGGAUAUGGAGACUCCUCUUGUAAUGGAGAGUGCUCUGGUGAUGGAGACCGCUGUAGUAAUAGAGACUGUUCUGAUGGUGCACACUGCGCUUCAUCUUCCUUUGGUACCAGUGUUCUUGUUGGACUCUUCGAAUCCACUAGCCCGCGGGGAUUUGAAGACCUGGCAGGUGCUCCUUCCAUGUCAGUUGUCGUUUGAGUAG